AUGGAUAGACGCUUACACGCCGGAGACCGAACAUUUGUCCCAGACUACGAGCUGCACAAUGUCCCCCCUGCACCACCCUAUACAGAGACAGCAUCGCCGACCCCUGCACCUACAGCUGUCACCGCAGAGAAAGCCAAGGCUGCCAAAGCUCCGGGAGCAGGACCAUGGUACGAUCCACGUUCGUGGUCGGUGCUAACCAAAUCGAUCGUUGCGGGUGGCGUUGUUGUUGUCAUUGUUGCUCUCGUUGUGGGAAUAUACGAGGGCACCAAAUCAGCAUCGUAUCCCGAUUAUUCAUCCUUAAGCUACAGCUUGAAGGAUACCUACUCCGGAUCAUCUUUUUUUGAUGAGUUCGAGUACUACACUGCGACGGAUCCGACGGAUGGAUUUGUAGACUAUGUCGACAGUUCAACCGCAUCGGAGAUGAACUUGACCUAUGCCUCAAGCUCUCGUGCUGUCUUACGAGUGGAUACCAGCACCUCGAAUCAGACCAGCGGUCGCAAGUCAGUCCGUAUCACCUCGAAGAACACAUACAACACUGGCCUCUUCAUCUUUGAUAUCACUCACACGCCUUACGGGUGUGCUACUUGGCCAGCCCUCUGGCUGACUGACCCAGAUAACUGGCCGGAGCACGGAGAAAUUGAUGUUCUUGAGUCGAAUAACAAAGGAACCCAUGGCAAUGCCAUGACAUUGCACACGACCAGUGGCUGCAAGAUGGAUGUGAAGCGCAAGGAAACUGGCACGGCAUCAUACACCAAUUGUCUAGACACAGCGAAUGAUAAUGCCGGCUGUGGUGUCACAGGUGGAAAGACAACUUAUGGAGAGCAAUUUAAUAGCAAUGGCGGAGGUGUCUAUGCCAUGGAACUCCGCGACGCUGGUAUCCGGGUCUGGAUGUUCAGCCGCGACGAUAUUCCCGAUGACAUCUCCAACUCAAGCAGCAGCCCAGACCCGUCAAGCUGGGGUGAAGCUCUCGCCGAUUUCCCCAGCACGAACUGCGAUAUCUCCUCUCACUUCAAGAAUCAAAGCAUAAUCGUCAACAUCGAUGUCUGCGGUGAACUUGCCGGCGCGAGCAAGUACUACACCGAUCUCUAUGACUGUCCCUCGACGUGCACGGAAUGGGCUGCAGAGAAUGGAGCGAAUUUCACAAAUGCUUAUUGGGAAUUCAAGAGCUUCAAGGUAUAUCAGACUUCUUCUUCUUCGUCGUCGAACUCGACUUCAACAGCCUCUACUGGGUCUUCCCCUGCUUCAUCGACAGCCGCGAGCAUGAAUGGAGCCUCAACAGUGACCACGACGGUGGAGGCUGCUGCUUCCUCAUCAAGUGCGGGUCAAACGUCGUCGUCAGGAUCCCAGAACCAGCAAGGUCAGGGGGAACAGAGUGACCAGGGGGGACAGGAGGGCCAGAGUGAGAGUGAGAGUGAGAGUCAGACUCAACAACCGGGGGGGCAGAGUCAGCAACGAGGGCAAUGA